AUGUCCAUUGUGGGGCGCUUCCGUUUGUUCGUGCCGGGCGCCGUGGCGAAGGCCGCGCCCAAGCUGGGUCAGGCGUUGGGCCCUUUGGGCAUCAACAUGGUGGCCUUCUGCAAGGAUUUCAAUGCGCGGACCACGAAAGUUCGACCGGAAGUGCCCAUUCAGGCCACCUUGGUGCCGCGAACGGAUCGGACGUACAAGUUCUUCAUCCGCUCGCCCUAUUCGCCCUGGUUUUUGUUGCGGUGUGCGCGGCUACCCAGAGGCAGCAGUGUGGGCAAUGGCGGCCCGCCGGUGGGAAAUAUUACAUUUAAAGAGCUCUAUCACAUCGCCAAGGCGAAAAGCAUGGAUCCUCAGCUUAUUGGCAUUCCGACACGAACCAUUUGCCUGGGUCUGAUGCGGACAGCCAAGCAGAUGGGCAUCAAGGUGACGAGAGAACUGGAACCGGAAUUCGCGAAGCGCAAUGACGAGCCAGUGGAAGGGUUGGAAGAGAGGAGGAAGCAACUGCGGCUCUUGAACAAAGCUUCCAAGAAGGGCAAAAAGAAGUAG